CCCCGCUGCCUCCUCCUCCUCCUCCUCCUCCUCCUCCUCUUGCCUGCUUUGGGCGUCAGAAAUAGAAACGGGCAGAGAGGAAGCGGAGGGAGAGGAGGAGGAGGAGGAAGAGGAAAAGGAGGCAGCAGCAGCAGCAGCCUUUGUAUUUUGGGGAGGAAGAAGGCAGCCAGAGCCAGCCGCAAGGCAGCCCCGUCGCCAAAGCGUCCUCUCCUGCAAAGCAAGCCUCGCCCGCUCUCCUCUCUCCCCUUCCAGACCUCCUCCUCCAUCCCUUGAUCAGGUCCCCCUCCUCCCCCACUUCUUCCCCAAAGGAAUCCGGAUCUUAAACAAGAAGAAAAGACCAGGAAUCGCAAAAGGGGGGUUUUUUGGAAGGGAAAGAGAUUUUUUUGGGAGCCGACGGCGCGCCGCCUUGGAGAGGAUCAUGGCGCUGGAUUUCCUCGCCGGCUGCGUAGGAGGUGCCGCUGGUGUGUUGGUAGGACAUCCGUUUGACACAGUUAAGGUGGGUUAACUUUCCACUGGCUUACCUACGAUAAACACUAGGUUGAAGCUACCUCUGGCCUUUAAUAAUGGACACAGUGGCGGUGGGGAAACUUCCAUGUUUCAGACCCUUUAAAUAAAAAUCCUGGCAGGCCAAAUACUGAUUUGGUGAACUCAAAUAGAUUUAAACUCACACUGAAGCAGAACAACUUCCUCACACUUACAUCUAACUUAUCAGCAAAAGAUAAAUAAUUCUGAGAUGCAAAUGACAUAGUCCUCCUACUGAUUCAUUUAUUACUAAGGAAUAAAACUAAGGAAUUCAUACUAAGGAAUAAAACUAUGCAUUUUAUUCAUUAACAUCAAACAAAAAUUCUACCAGAUUUCCUGGUAACAUGCAGUUCUAGAGUUGCAAAACAAAGUACAAAACUCCUUCGUAUCUGCUUUAUUGUUAUCUGGUGAAUAUUUACAUUUUCCCCAGUUUGCAUUGAAACUACAAAAAUAUUUUGUAUAGAUGGCUGUUUACUGCUUGAAGAAACAGUCUUACUGUUUAAUGUGUUUCUCGACACCAAAUAAAAACAGUCUUGUACUUUUGAAAUGUCUAUUUCCCCCGUCUCUAUUUGAGACAUUGAAAUAUAUUGCUUGAAGACCAUUUGUUCUAUAUCAGUUUAAAGUUCUUCUUUCUUUCUUUUGGAGAUACACGAUUAUGUGAGCUAAAAUCUGUUCCUGUACAAAUAAUAAAUAAUAUCUUAAUAUAGUAUCAUAAAAUAAUAUUUUAGAACAGCAGAAGGUGAACUGUGGGCUCAAAUGCAGAUGGGUGAACAUAUCUGCAUCUAGAUUAACUUCUGAAGACCAGUAUAUCAGAGACACAAACCAGAGUAAAUGGGCUUAAAUCCAGUUAUUUUAUAUGGUUUGUGAGUUUCAGCAAGGCAUUCUGAGUCAUGGCAGUGAGUGUGCCAAUAAUACAUCAGUGAUUAUAAAUAAGUCUAGUGUUUCAUAGAAUGCAAGUAUUAUGGACAAAGGCUCUUUGCUUGCAGCUUCAUGUUUUCUAGUCCUUUCAUGGAGCCCUCCGUGGUGCAAUGGAUUAAACCCUUGUGCCGGCAGGACUGCUGACCAAAAGGUCAGAGGUUCGAAUCCGGGGAGCGGUCUGUCAGCUCCAGCUUCUCCUUCAGGGACAUGAGAGAAGCCUCCCACAGGAUGGUAAAACAUCCAGGCGUCCUCUGGGCAACGUCCUUGCAGAAGGCCAAUUCUCUCACACCAGAAGUGAUUUGCAGUUCCUCAAGCCACUUCUGACAUGAAAAAAAAUUGAAGUGGUGUCAAACUCCACUUCUGAUACGAAAAAACACAUAUUCUUUGGUACCUAAAUCUUAUCAGUUAAAUUCUAUUGAUUUUCCCCCUAAGUUAUCUCCUAUUAAAAUGAGAUAAAUUCCUAUCUCUGUACUCCUUCAUUCAUCUAAUGAGCACAUUUUCAGAAUGAGACAAAAUAUCAGAGCAUUGUGUUUGUUAUCACCUUUUAAAAUGAAGUUUAACUGGUAAAGUGUAAGUAUAGCACAUAUAAUACUUUGAUACCACUUUUCUUCUACUAUGGGACUACACAUUGGCCAGGCACAAACUCUCUAAGCGGCUGCACUGUGGCUUCUUCAUAGCACAAAACCAAGAAACAUGUUUACUUUGAAAUGAGUUUGCUUGAAAGUACAUGCAAAGCAAAUGUAUUCAAGGUCGGGGUGUAAACUGAAAUCCUUUACAGAAACAGGAACCCAAUUCAGUUGUAUUUGGCUUGCUCCUGUGUUGUUGAUUAGUAUGGGAUCCCUACUCACACCAAGAGGGAGAACUCUGUUUCAAGAUCCUCUUGCAGUCAGAUCCUAUACAUGUUGAUUUGGAAAUCAGUCCCACCACUGGGCAACUUGCACCCAGGAAAGUGUGCAUAGGAUGGCAGAAUUACCCCCAAAUGUCUGUCCAUCUGCAGCUCGCUUGCUGUACUCAAAGUUGUAAUGCUUUUCUGGGUGGCUAAAUGCUAUUAAGUGGGCUUUCUAUUUUAAACCACAUUUUCUGAAGGAUAAUUUUAGGGUUUUUUAAAAAAAUUCUUGGGUUUUAAACCAAUGCUUACUUUUCUCUCUGCACAACCAGAGCCUGAAGAAGUGAGACGAAAACUCCCAGGUUUGCCCAGCCAGUGUGGCUGCUAGCUGAAGGACUUGGGGAGUUUUAGUCCAAAAACCAAAAUUGAAAUUAUUUCAAGCUCUGCAAACAGCUUGUGGGAUUGGUGGGACAAUGUAAAACGUAAAAGAUGCUGAACUCAAUCUAAACAAAAUCUCCAAGUGGCUACUCUUUUUUACCCCUUCCACCCCAGUUUAUUGAUGUCAUGUGUACAAUUGCUUUGUUGCUUAACUGCCUUUACUUUUUAAGCUAGGGGCUGUCUUCAUUAACAGCAAAAGUGUUACUUUGUUGUAGAUGACAGAUAAGCCUCAUCACGGGAGAGUUACCUAGUACGCCUUCAAGUUCAAAAUGUGGAGAAGCCACUUUAUCGGGGAACCUUGCACUGUUUCCAGUCGAUCAUAAAGCAAGAAUCGGCCUUUGGACUGUAUAAAGGUAUUGGGUCACCCAUGAUGGGACUUACCUUCAUUAAUGCCCUUGUGUUUGGGGUGCAAGGGAACACGAUCCGUGCUCUCGGGAAGGACACACCGCUAAACCAGUUCCUUGCAGGUUCAGCGGCAGGUGCCAUCCAGUGCGUCAUAUGCUGUCCCAUGGAACUGGCUAAGACGCGGAUGCAGCUCCAAGGAACGGGCGAAUACAAGUUGAAGUCCAAGAACUACAAAAACUCCCUGGACUGCUUGGUUAAGAUCUACCGCAAAGAAGGCCUGAAGGGCAUCAACCGGGGCAUGGCUUCCACGUUCAUGCGGGAGACCCCCAGCUUUGGUUUCUACUUUUUGACUUAUGACUGCCUAACCAGAUACAUGGGCUGUGAGGCGGAGGACAAUUACAUUAUCCCGAAACUGCUGUUGGCCGGAGGUAUGUCUGGAAUUGUCUCCUGGCUAUCAACAUACCCAGUUGAUGUGAUCAAGUCCCGCCUUCAGGCUGAUGGAGUUGGCGGAGUCAUGCGAUACCAGGGCAUUCUGGACUGUGUUAGGAAAAGCUACCAUGCCGAAGGCUUGAGGGUGUUCACCAGGGGUCUCACAUCCACGCUUCUCCGGGCUUUCCCUGUAAACGCUGCGACUUUUGCCACCGUUACAGUGUUCCUGAUGUAUAUGCGGUCGGAAGAUAACCAAAUCAAAGAAAACCAAAUCAGAAGCGAUCUAAGUGGGUGUGAAGCUGGCCCUGCAAUUCAGCAGCCCUCCAGCUUUUAGAUUUAUAGCUUUAUAAUCUAAUGCACCUGUUACAAAUUUGAGAUGCAAUCAGUCAUUUUUUUUAAAAAAAAAGAAACAUAUCCCUGGAUGUAGAAACUGUACAUUUCUGUCUGUAUAAAGCUUCCUUUUAAUGUUAA